GGUCGGGUAGAUAUCCGUAAAUGGUUGUCGAGCACUGAGAUGACCCAGAAACAAGACGCUUGUGGGUUGUGAAGAAAGCGAGAGACACAACCAUGGCUGUUAGGCAAAAAGCAGUAACAACCCUUCCGAACCUCAUACGCAAUCUCCGCAACGAACAGCCUUUCAAGCUCAAGCCUCCUCACAAUCCCUUACCCUCUCUCCGGCGCGCUUUCUCUUUGUACGAUCAGAUCAACCUCAUUGACAAUGUCCCCGAAGACCAACUCCGAUUCCAAGGGUUUAAUGAUACUGGGUUUACUGUAAAUGGUGUUGAGUAUGAAGGAAGUUUGCUUUGUGUUGGAAAUUUGAUCAUGUCUUGGAAACCACAGAAAUUUUCAGAGAUCAAUGCUGAUAGCUUGUCACUCUUUCAAAUUGUCCGCCCCAUCCCAGAGAUUCUGAUUGUUGGCUGUGGAAGGAACAUUCAACAUGUUGAUCCUGAAAUUAGACGGUUUAUUCGCUCUACUGGCAUGAAAUUAGAAGCUGUUGAUUCGAGAAACGCGGCAUCAACUUACAACAUACUGAAUGAAGAAGGUCGUAUUGUGGCUGCUGCGCUUCUUCCAUAUGGAGUUUCUUCAUGAAGCUUGGACUGAUAUUCGUAGUACCUACCCCUUCACUCCAAAUAUGCUCACAUUCGUCAGCACGACAAUCUUGCGUAAACCUGCAGGAUAUGCUUUGAUUUUCUAUGUAGAAAGUUUUGACAUUGAUUGGACACUGAGUAAAGCACAUGUGACUGUGUUGAUUCUGUUUCUAAUGUAAUAAUAUAAGAAUAAGGAUAAUUAUAAUGUAUAGAAGGUGGUUGUUUGGUUUUAAUGCUACUUCAUUUUGUUGAAGUUAUGACCAGCCAAGAUAUUGAACCA